AUGGCGGACUCCGGUCGGGUUAAGGGGCCGUGGAGCAAGGAGGAGAACGAUUUGCUGAAGAAGCUUGUGGAGCAGCACGGGGCGAGGAACUGGUUGUUGAUAAGCGAUUCGAUUCCUGGGAGAUCAGCGAUGUCGUGUCGGACGCGGUGGUGCAAUCAGUUGUCGCCGGAGGUGGAGCACCGCCUGUUCACGCCGGAGGAGGACGAGGUUAUUGUGAAGGCGCACGCGGAGGUUGGGAAUAAAUGGGCGACAAUUGCUCGAAUGCUGAAUGGACGAACCGAUAACGCCAUCAAAAACCACUGGAAUUCGACCCUGAAGCGGAAGUACAACGAAGGAGGAGAGCCGCGGCCAUGGCGGAUUCUGAAGCGGGCGGACAGCGCCGACGUCACAGUGACGGCAGCGCCGCCGCCGCCGCCUGUAUUACGAGUAAGUCGAGACAGUUCCUCCGAAUCUGACAUUAGCUAUUCGGCCGCUGCGAAGAGUUUACGGAUGGCUUUACCUCUUCGGGCGGUGGAGAAGGAGAACGAUCCUUCGACCGUGUUGACUCUAUCGCUGCCUGCGCCUGGAGCAAAUGACGGCGUUUCUUCUUUCCAGCGCGAUCAGCCGAGUUACCGCCGCGGUGACAGCACUGAGGCUGCGCCGGCGCCGGCGCCGGCGCCGGUGAAGUCAAAGAGUACUCUGACGUUGAGUCCUGAAUUACUGUCGCUGAUGCAGGAAAUGAUCAGAAAGGAAGUAGAAAAUUAUUACGCAGAAGUGAAACGCAUAAAAUAG